GAUCUUUUUGAAAAUGAAUAAUAAUUGAAGAAAGGAAUCGUAUUACAAAGACUUAAUCAACUAAACCUGUUACUCUUUCUUCUCCAUUUGUGCUUUUUCUUCUUACCUACAGAUUAAUGGGUUAUUCUUCUUCUUCUUCUUUCAAUCCUCCAUGGAUACACGACGUGUUCAUCAACUUCAGAGGGAAAGACACACGUCAAAGCUUUGUUUCUCAUCUGCAUGCUGCCCUCACAAAUGCAGGAAUCAACACUUACCUUGACCACCAGCUUCACAAGGGAACAGAACUUGGACCUGAACUAUUGAGAGCAAUACAAGGGUCUCGUAUAUCUAUCCUUGUUUUCUCCAAAAACUACACUGAAUCUAGUUGGUGUCUUAAUGAGCUGCAAAAAGUCAUAGAGUGCCACAUAACUCAUGGACAAUUGGUUAUUCCUGUAUUUUAUGAUGUUGAUCCUUCGGUUGUUCGCCACCAGAAAGGUGAUUUUGGAAAGGCUUUGAGGGCUACUGCUAAGUUGCACUCACCAAAGCUGCUCAUUUGGAGGAGUGCACUCACUCAAGCUGCUAAUUUGUCUGGUUGGGAUGUCACUAAAUGCAGGAGUGAAUUUGAACUGAUGCAGCAAAUUGUUGAGGAUGUUUUGGCAAAACUUGACAGCACCUUCUUGUCUAUUACCGAAUUUCCAGUUGGAUUAGAGCCCCGUGUGGAAAAAGUUACUGCCUUUAUUGAAAAUCAACAAAAGAAAGUGUGUGUGAUAGGGAUAUGGGGAAUGGGCGGAUCCGGUAAAACAACCACAGCUAAAGCUAUCUACAAUCGAAUUCAUCUCAAAUUUACCGAUAGAAGUUUCCUUGAAAAUGUUAGAGAAGUCUGUGAAAAGGAAAAUAGAGGGAUUAUUCAUUUACAACAACAACUUCUUUCAGAUAUCCUGAAAACAAAGACGAAGAUACAUAGCAUUGCGUUAGGGACAACUAAAAUUGAAAAAAGAUUCCGGGGGAAAAAGGCACUCGUUGUACUUGAUGAUGUGACCACUUUUGAACAGUUAAAAUCGCUAUGUGGAAAUCCUAAAUUUUUUGGUCCAGGAAGUAUAUUAAUUGUUACAACAAGAGAUGUACGCCUACUUAAUUUAUUUAAGGUUGAUUAUGUGUGUAGAAUGGAGGAAAUGGACGAACACGAGUCCCUUGAGCUUUUCAGUUGGCAUGCUUUUAGACAACCUAGUCCCAUGAAAGACUUCCACAAACUCUCCAAAAACGUAGUUGCUUAUUGUGGAGGAUUACCGGUUGCUCUUGAAGUCCUCGGUUCUUACUUAUAUGAGAGGACAAAACAAGAAUGGAAAAGUGUAAUCUCAAAAUUAGAGAGAAUUCCGAAUGAUCAAGUGCAAGAGAAACUGAGAAUAAGCUAUGAUGGUUUAAAGGAUGAUAUAUCAAAGGAUAUAUUUCUUGACAUAUGUUGUUUCUUUAUUGGCAAGAACAGAGCUGAUGUUACAGAGAUACUAAAUGGUUGUGGACUUUAUGCAAAUAUUGGAAUAACUGUCCUCGUAGAGCGGAGUCUUGUAAAAAUUGAAAAGAACAACAAGCUCGGAAUGCAUGAUUUAAUAAGAGACAUGGGAAGAGAGAUAGUUCGUGAAAGUUCAACAAAAGAUCCGGGGAAGCGUAGUAGAUUGUGGUUUCGUGAGGAUGUGCAUGAUAUUUUGACAAAACAUACUGGAACAGAAACCGUAGAGGGAUUGGUUUUGAAGGUGGAGAGAAACAGUAAAGUUGUACUAAGUACUGAUUCUUUCAAGGAGAUGAAGAAACUGAGACUUUUACAACUUGAUCACGCUGUCCUCGUUGGAGAUUAUCGGUUUCUCUCCAAAGAACUGAGAUGGAUUCAUUGGAAAGGAUUUAGCUUCAACUAUAUACCAGAUGAAUUUGAUCAGGGAAAUCUUGUUUCUAUUGACGUAAAAUACAGCAGUAUCAAACAAGUGUGGAAGGAAACCAAGUUGUUGGAUAAUCUAAAAAUUCUCAAUGUCAGUCAUUCGAGAUACUUGAAAAACACACCUGAUUUUUCAAAAUUACCGAAUCUAGAAAAGCUUAUUGCGAAGGAUUGUCCAAAUUUGUCUGAGGUACACCACUCCAUUGGAGAUCUCAAGAAUCUACUUUUGUUGAAUUUGAAGGACUGUACAAGUCUUAGUAAUCUCCCAAGGAAGGUCUAUCAAUUGGCAUCAGUGAAAACUCUGAUACUUUCUGGUUGUUCAAAGAUCGACAAGUUGGAAGAAGACAUAGGGCAAAUGGAAUACUUGACAACGCUGAUUGCAAACGAUACAUCUAUAAAAGAUGUUCCCUAUUCAAUACUAAGAUUGAAAAGCAUUGGAUAUAUAUCUCUAUGUGGAUAUGAAGGUUUAUCACGUGAUGUUUUUCCGUCUCUCAUUUGGUCUUGGAUGUCACCAACCAGAAAUUCCUUACCCCGUGUUUCUCCAUUUGAAGGUAAUUCAUUGUCACUAGUUUCCUUGGAUGUAACGAGCAAUAAUAUGGGCUAUCAACCACCAAUGCUUAGAAACCUUUCAAAACUUAGAAGUGUUUGGAUUCAAUGCCGUUCGGUGAUUCAAUUGACUCAAGAAUUAGGAAAUUUUCUUGAUGAUCUAUAUGAUGUAAGUUUUACCAAGUUUGAGACAGCAUCACAUCCAUCACAAAUCAGUAACAUUUCUUUGAGAUCGCUUUUGAUUGGAAUGAGAAGUUGCCACAUGGUCAUCAACACUCUUAGUAAGAGCAUAUCACAGGGAUCAACAACCAAUGAUUGUAGUGGUUUUUGUCUUCCCGACAGCAACUAUCCUUCUUGGUUAGCCUAUACAUGUGAAGGACCAUCGGUAUAUUUUCAAGUUCCUGAGGAUAAUGAUCGUCACAUGAAGGGAACAAUUUUACGUGUUGUUUAUUCAUCAACAUCUGAAAACCGAGCAGCUGAGUGUCUUACUAAUGUUUUGAUCAUUAAUUACACAAAAUGCACAAUCCAAAUAUACAAGGGAGACACAAUAAUGUCUUUUAAUGAUGAAGAUUGGAAAGGUUUAACAUCAAAUCUAGGACCUGGUGACAAUGUUGAGAUUUUUGUAGUUUUUGGGCAUGGAUUGAUUGUUAAGGAGACAACUGUCUAUCUAAUUUAUGACCAGUCCAAUACUACGAAAUUUGAACAAUCGAUUAUUAUGGAAGUUGAGCCAUCAACUAACCUGGCAAUGGAGCCAUCACCUGAAGUGAACAUGCAGCCAUCACCUGAAGUGAACAUGCAACCAUCACCUGAAGUGAAAGUGGAAGCGUCGACUGGUGUUAAAAUGGAUCUGUCACCUGAUGUGAAGGUGCAGUCAUCACCUAUUAUGAAAAUAGAGCCACCACCAAAGUCCAAUAGAAGUAUCUUUACAAGAUCUGCAAAAACAUUGGGUGCAUGUCUAUGCUUGAAACCAGCAUAGAGAUAAAGGUUUGAACAAUUUUUUAUUGGACAUACAUUUGUUAUAAAUGGGAUGGGAUUCUCUUCUUUCUUGGAGGAAGGAAGGACAUAUGUUUUGUAUACUUAUAAGGGGAAAUCAUGUACUUACUAUUUGUUUAUGAGGUUAUAAAGCCAUAACGAAAUAUCUACUUGAGCACAUUAACUUUA